AUGUUAGAUAAUGUUAAGCAAGUGAUAUUAGUUUUAUCUGGGAAAGGUGGUGUUGGUAAAUCGACUGUAAGCACACAAUUAGCGCUAACUCUUAAAGAAAAGGGGUUGAAGGUUGGAUUACUUGACAUCGAUUUAUGCGGACCAAGUGUUCCGUAUCUAUUAAAUUUGGAGGAUCAAAACAUACACCAAGGGCCUGAUGGAUGGGUUCCAGUAUAUUUAGAUAGUGAACAGAGACUCGGCGUCAUGUCCAUAGGCUUCUUACUAAACUCCCGCAAUGACGCCGUUGUAUGGAGAGGUCCAAAGAAAACGUCAAUGAUUAAACAAUUCCUAGAAGAUGUGUCCUGGCAGGAUUUAGAUUUUCUAGUUAUUGAUACUCCUCCAGGCACUUCAGAUGAGCACAUAACAGUCAUGGAAAAUCUUCGACAAGUGCCCCACUGCUCCGCCAUCAUAGUCACAACACCACAAGAAGUGGCUAUAGAGGAUGUUCGCAAGGAAAUAACCUUCUGUAGAAAAACUAAUAUUCCAAUUAUGGGUAUAAUUGAGAACAUGAGUGGGUACGUCUGUCCAACAUGUACCGAAUGCACAAACAUAUUUUCAAGCGGAGGGGGCAAGUCACUUGCCGACUUAACAAAGAUUCAGUUCCUAGGCAGUCUGCCGAUAGACCCCAGGGUCGGUAAAUUGGCCGGCAAAGGAAUCGCUGCUGUUAAAGAGUUACCAGAUUCGGCAACCAGUAUGGUUUUUAACAACUUAGCUAACCAGUUGAGUGAGUUGACAACAAAUGGAUCAUAG